AUGGUUCAGAGGAAGACUUGUCAAACAACCGAGUCUUAUAAUCUCCAACCUGAAACUCCGUUUGGUCAAGAACAUCUGAAGAGCCUUGGGCCAGAGAUGAUGACGAUGAAGAAGCGAACCAAACCUAAAAGGAAGGUUAUUGACAGUCCUGUUUCUCAACCAGGUAAGCCACAAUCAACACCAAAGAAAAAUGAUCUUGUUGUUGUUAAAGGGACAGGUAUGUCGCCUAACUACAUGAAGGGAACCUCUAGCUCUGAGGCAAGGAAGGAGAACAAGAGUAGACUUAAUCUUACAAAGAAUCAGAAGAACAAAACCGGUCUGAAACAUGAUUCUCGGCAUGGAGUUAACAACAAGCCGAGUUCGAGGAUCGUUAGGGGUUUGACAAAGGCUCCAAGUUUCAAGAGCUGCGCACAAAGAGCUUCCAUAUUAUCUGAUGCUUCAUCAUGGUGCAACUGA